CACCACCAUAAUGAAGUAUGGCGAGACUCUCCGGCAGCGCUCCAUUCCUGCCUGGGCUCACCACAACAUCGACUACGACGACAUCAAGCACUUUAUCAAAGAGAACACCACUCCGGGCAAGGGAAAGAGCGUGUCUGUACCCGGACGCGGCGAGGACAAGCUGUUUGAGUUCGAGAACGCGCUCUUUCACAUCCUCCAGGACCAGCACGAGCGCAUCAAUCUCUUUGUGAAGAGCAAAGCUGGCGAGAUACAGAGACGACUAGAACAUUCCAAGAAGCAACUUCGAGCCCUAGCAGGGCGACGAACUCUCGCAGCCGAUCAGCGAGUGCCUGUCGGUCGGCUCGAGCGCUAUGGACGUCUGGAGAAUGAUGUCGUGAAAGCUGGAGACGAGAUCAAGUCCCUCGCCAGAUUCAUCGCUACUCAGAGAACGGCAUUUCGUAAGUUGCUCAAGAAGUACAAGAAAUGGACUGGCUCUGCAGAGGUGGAGGAUCGAUUUCGGGAAGAGGUCUUGGACGACCCCAAGAGCUUUACCCAGCUUGACCUGGGCUACUUACUGGACGAAUAUUCGACAACGCGCCAAACGAUACGAACGCUAUACGACAGCCAAGUGCACCAGGCUGCCGGAGGGAAGAAACCCGAGCCCAAGGCGCAGGAUGGGGGUCCGUCGUCGAUCAAGCAGUUGGAGGAGGCUAUAGAGAGUGGAUCGAAGGUCUUCUUUGAUACUAACCUAGCGACAAUACCACUUGGGCAGGAUGGGACGUUCGCGAGCUAUUUCGUGCACCCAGAGAACAUCAUAGAGCUACAGAUGCUCCUUCUACAGCACUGCAAAUUCUACCUGUCCAGAAGCCGGCAGAACUCUGUCAGGACACCCAUCUCAUCCCAGCCGCAGACACCGACGUUUCCCGGCGCCAUACCCGAUGUCGCUGACUAUCACAUGCUUGUUGCCGAUAACCUCGAGCGGUUCACGAAAGAGCAAAGUAGCCUUACCGUCAACGAGCGCGAACACAAGGCUGGGAGCCUUCCGCAGGGAGCGCGAGCUGCUGUACGCUGGACGAUCGAUGGAGACGCACUCGCAUGCCUUCGAUCUGAGUCAGGGCGGACGAAGAGCGCAUACCUCAAAAAGAAGCACAUUGACGACUUCUUCAACGUAAAGGCCGAGUUUUCGACAGAAAGAGAUGAGGCAGACGCUACAGAAAGGGUGGAAGAGCUGCGGGAUGAGUUGCUGAAGGACAAUACCAAGCCGCUUUUCCACUACUCAUGUAGUCGCUCGCGCUUAAUUGGCUUGGACGAAAAUGCGGAGGGGUUGGUGGUAGCUACGUUGGACAGCGGCAUCCUUGUCGAAAAUGCCGCCGAAACGGAACAAGAAAGAAACAAGUCAGCAUUUCCUUUCGCUCUGUUGCGGGUCAGACAAGAAGGCAAGCCAAAGUCGGGGCUGUUGGCCGCAUUGGACAGAAGCCACCUAGUCGAGCGCGUACGAGGCUUUUCGCUGGAAUACCACUCGGUCUGGCAGAUUUAUCGGCCUGAAUGUAUGCCUUCCCCUCCGUGGCUGCCGAUACUCUCACAAGAUAUCCGUAAACUGCCACCUGCUGCAUAUCGAAAAAGGCCAAGCAGAAGCAGCGACUUGAAUGCAUCAGGAUUGCAGUCGGCCGACACAAACUCAUCGGGCACUCUGGACAGUGCUACGGCAGUGGAUACCUCGAAUGAAAUUGCUAGCCAAUUCGAGUCUCCGCCCUUGAAGUCAUUCGGCAAAAAGAAGCGUAGAAAGUACCCCGAGGUGAAGACACCGACCCAAAAGUAUUGGAGCGAGUACGAUGACCCCGAGGACGGCGAUGACGCAAACGCGUACUACAUAUACGUCGACCCGAACGAAACCAAUCCUUUUGACCGCUUCUUCGAGAAAGUUGCGACCGUCUUCACAGGAAGGAAGAAGCCAGAAGAGGAAGCUCUUCUGUAUGCACCUGGUACCCUUACGGCAGAUGAGGAAGAGUCCUCGGACGAAGAGGCUGAUGUUACCACUACCAGGAUCCGCUUCCCCAAACCUGCAGUCUCCUUUGGCACAUUCGAGCAGCCUGGAAUGACCAAUUUUCGGCGCGAACGGCCAUCCACAUUCUUGCCGCAGUUUAGCGCAAUAUGUUUCGCAGCGUCUCUCGCCAUGCUGCUCAUGGCAUACAUCCUUCGCACUACCGGGAGACACAAGUACAUCCGGGAGGUGCACUUUGGUGUACUAUUUUCUAUGUUUUGCAGUCUAGUUUUUGUGAUCUUGGGUUUCACGAAUGUCGUGAGAAGGGGAAGCAAUGAUCCGGCCCGAGCACUGUCGUUCGGCGCAUGGACCGUCAGCAUUCUCGUCCUGGUUGCUGACGUGCUUGGGUCCGGAGGGUUGAUGGCUUCAAUGCUUGGUUAAUCCUGCGUUACUGGCGAUUGUUGCUUUAUUUGAGCGAUUUCCUUUUUCAUUGAUGCGAUUGAGCGGCAUGCAGCGUGCGGCGGCCGUAGAUAUUUUGUGUCAGACUGCGUCAAUGCGCCUUCGAUGGGCGAGCAUUUCCUGCAAUGGUACGGCGCUCUCCUACAUUAAUCCAUUUAUGUGUCUGUAGCCUUGAGAAAUGAGGCCACUACGGUCAUGAAGCUCCG